CAUCCGGUUAUGAAAUAAGUACUUCCGGUAAGAAUUGAGCAGAAUCAAUUUUGACACGAGAGAAGAUGUUGGACUUCUUUACUAUUUUCAGCAAAGGCGGGAUCGUCCUUUGGUACUUCCAAGGAACGUCUCAACUAUUUACUCCGUCAAUCAACUCUUUGAUCAAGACCGUCAUUUUACAGGAGAGGAGUGGUAAUAACUCGUUUACCCAUGAUGCUCUUACCUUGAAGUACAAACUGGACAAUGAGUUUGAGUUGGUGUUUGUGGUUGCUUACCAGAAGAUACUGCAGUUGUCUUACAUUGAUAAGUUUCUGAGUGACAUACAGCUGGAGUUUCGUAACAAGUACAAAGAUGAUAUCCAGAAUGGCAAACUGACGCGAAAUCUAGAUUUCAGUGAUGUUUUUCACUCCAUGCUGAGGCAGCGUGAGGAGGAGAGUCGAGUGGAGAAAGUGGCAAGACCCAUGAGACGUUUUGAGGAUUCUAAGAAAUCUCAGAAAACUAUAUCCUCUAUGGUUGAGAAGAAGGGUGAUGAGAAGAAAUCCACCAAGGCCAAAGGCAAAGAAAACAAACCUGUGAAAACUGUUACUAUCAAAGAGCCAGAGGUGGUCCAAGUUACGUCUCCUGUCAGCAACGCAAGUAUUGAUGAGGAAACACUAAGGAAGAAUCGUGAAAAGUUCUUUGAGAAAAUGCAAGGUGGCAAGAAAUCAAAAAGCAGUCCUAAAGCCAGCACACCCGAGGGGAAGAAGAAAGGCAAGAUAGGGCGUGUCUGGGAGGGAGCCGGUAACAGCAAAGACGUGAAGGGACUGGACUUCAGCAGUACCAAUGGAGAGAGCAUCCCAGAUGAUGUGGUGCCCACCGUAGCAGAGAGAUCCCUGGUAGGGUCUAUGAAGGGUGGUAUCAGGGACAUUGAGGAGGAGGAAGAAGAAGAGGAGGAGGAGUAUGAAGAGGAGAUAAACAAGGCUUCAUCAUCAAAAGGCAGCACCAAGAGCAGUGCUAAGUCCGCUGGGUCGGGCAUGUUUAGCAUGUUUAAGAACCUGAUUGGAUCCAAAACUCUCACCAAGGAGGAUCUUGACACUGCCCUGGAGAAAAUGAAGGAUCAUCUUGUGGCCAAAAAUGUAGCGUCUGACAUUGCUGUAAAGCUGUGUGACUCUGUGGCAGCCAAACUGGAGGGAAGAGUGCUGGGCACUUUUAACACUAUUGCCCAUACUGUGAAGACAACCCUCAAUGAGUCAUGUGUGCAGAUUUUGCUGCCAAAACGCCGGAUAGACAUCCUUCGAGACGCUAUGGAAACCAAACAGCAGAAAAGACCCUAUACUAUCACCUUUUGUGGAGUGAACGGUGUUGGCAAGUCAACCAAUCUGGCCAAGAUUUGUUUCUGGUUGGUUGAGAAUGGUUUUCGAGUGCUGAUUGCGGCAUGUGACACAUUUCGUGCUGGCGCUGUAGAACAACUGAGAACACACACUCGCAAGCUCAAUGCCCUCCACCCCAAUGUGCAGCAGGACGGUCAGCACAUGGUCAAGCUCUAUGAGAAAGGCUAUGGCAAAGAUGCUGCUGGCAUAGCUAUGGAAGCCAUUAACUAUGCACGCGACUCUCACAUUGAUGUUGUACUGGUGGACACUGCUGGACGUAUGCAGGACAACGAGCCCCUUAUGAGAGCUUUAUCUAAGUUAAUUCGUGUGAACCAGCCGGACCUGGUUCUGUUUGUAGGUGAGGCUUUGGUUGGAAAUGAGGCUGUGGAUCAGCUGACCAAGUUUAACAAAGCACUCAUCGAUCACUCCAACAGUGAAAAUCCUCGCACCAUUGACGGCAUCAUUCUGACUAAGUUUGAUACCAUCGAUGAUAAGGUUGGAGCUGCUAUUUCUAUGACCUACACAACUGGCCAACCCAUUGUGUUUGUGGGCACUGGACAGACGUACACAGACCUCCGCAACCUUAAUGCUAAGGCUGUGGUCAGUUCUCUCCUUAAGUGACCUUGGCUAACGGACACCUAGUCAGUUGUACAGAUAGCUGUGUUCUCCCUGAUAUUACAAUGUUUUACCUGUUUGUGAAGGACUCUCAUUGACAGCACAUAGACUGUUUGUUAAUGUUUCACCUGUAGAAUCAUAUUCAUAUGCAUCACUUCAGGUUUAUGUUGAAGAAAAUAUGUGACUUUGUAUAUUAGUUCAACGUUUACCUCCUCUGAACCCCCAUUAUGAUGUAUAUUAGGAAAGUUUCACCACAGUUCCACGUUCACCUCCUCUGAACCCCCAUUAUGAGGGCAAAUUUAUCAUGAAAGCAAACAUUAGUAAGCAACAUAUUGAUAACAGUAAAUCGGGAUGAAUACAGAUUUUACUGCGUAGUCCAAAAGUUUCCCAGUAAACAGCACAUAAUAUCAGUGAAACUUCCUCCGAAUUAUGUUUUGGUGAGAUUUGAAUUUGAAUUGAUCGCAUUAAGUUAUAAACUGACUAAUUGUGUGAUAGACCAUAGUCUAACUGAUGUCAGGGUUAGAUAAGCUCUUUGUGAAGUUUUUCCUGAAACUGGGAUUGUUUAUUUUAACGGUGCUGAUUAAUUUGGUCCUGGGAUCAGAAAACCAUCAUGUUGCAAAUUUGAUUUGUUGUUAAAAAAACUUCAAUUUUAAGAGAUAAAUAUUUAUAAUUUACUGAAAACCACAUUUUCAAAUGACACUGAAAAGUUGGACCAAACUGAAAGUAAGGGUAGCCUGGUGGUUGCUGAUCCUGGGGCAGUAUCAUGUUACCUAUCAUGUGGGGAAUCUGUUUCCUGUCAAACUCAUGAAAUUGUUCAUGUGUAUUUGUUAUUAAAAACAUUUGCAGAAAAUAUAUUUAAGUUCUCAGGAAAGACUGUGUAUGAUUCUGAUUUGAGUAAUUAAAAAGCUGUUUAACACUGAUGUAGUGUCGUAAUGAACUUUAACUGGUAUAUAUAUUAUGUCUCGUGUCGAGGUGCCCAAUGUUUGUCAGUAAAAAUAAGCUGAUUGUUUAACAAACAGGUAGAUCAGGGAAUUAACAUUGUGAUCAUGUUUGUAUAACAAAAAAGGUUGUAUGUAGACUGAGUUUAAUUUUAGGUUAUUUUCUUUUUGUUUGUUUUUAGGUCACCUGAGCUUUGCUCAAGUGACCUAUUCCAAUCAC